AUGGCGCAAACAGCAGAAUGUGCUCGCCUGUUCCCGAUCUAUCGAUACCAACCAGGGUUUGCCGACAAAUCGUCCGUUACAGGCAUGCGAAUCGAGUGGAAAGUGUUUUGCGAUGGAUCUCCGAUCCUUGGAAGAUAUCAGCCCCAGAAUUUUGUCUAUAUAGAGGGAAAUUUGAUGGGAGUCAGAAAGGGAGAAAAAGUGGAACGCUGCGAGUCUGGUUGGGAGUUCAUGGCUGGACAAGCUGCGCUGGGUGGGCUUCCGGGCCUGGUAUUUGCGCUGGGUGGCAAGGCUAUCGGCAAGGAAAUCCUGUCAGUCUCCAAGGGUAUUGCUGCCAUUCCCAUGCUAACCUACCAAGAGCUGUACAAAUCUUAUCCGUUAAUGAUCAACACAUCCCCGAUCAGCAAGCCGCAGCAGCCGCUGAGAUCGCUUUCGAGUUGGCUCCUCUUAGUCUCUCAAGAUUAG